UUCUCUUCAGAUGAGGCUGUUUUGGUACAAACGACAGCACACAGACAUGAAGUGGAUGUAGCGGACCAGUUUGUUUUUUCAGUUUAAGCUGGAUCACUGACUGGGUGAUCUGUGCUGCAUUCACGGACUGUGACAAUGAGGAUUGUAUGAGAAGUGAGGCUGUUUUUUCUCCUGAUACACAGAGCCUGGUGUGACUGACAACCAGGCUGAUCUGGGGUGUUUUUUUUUUUAAACCCAGUCUGAACACAAACCGUCAGCCCACUUCUGUCUUUUCUCUCGGACGGCGAAGCGCACUCAGGGACGAAAAUGUCUUUACGCACGGCACUGCCUGGGAACGAGCGGAACCCGGACCAUCAUACCUCCCUGUCGGCCAGCCGCUCAGAGAAGGGUACCGGCUGGUCGAGCCGCUCGCUUGGCGCCCGAUGUCGAAACUCCAUCGCCUUGUGUUCAGAUGAGCAGCCGCACAUCGGAAACUACCGGCUGCUCAAAACCAUCGGCAAGGGCAACUUUGCUAAGGUCAAACUGGCACGGCACAUACUGACCGGCAGAGAGGUUGCAAUAAAGAUCAUUGAUAAAACCCAACUCAAUCCAACCAGCCUACAGAAGCUGUUUCGAGAGGUACGCAUCAUGAAAACUCUCAACCAUCCCAACAUAGUGCAGUUGUUUGAGGUGAUUGAGACCGAGAAGACUCUUUACCUGAUUAUGGAGUACGCCAGCGGAGGCGAAGUGUUCGACUACCUCGUAGCUCAUGGCAGAAUGAAGGAGAAAGAGGCCAGAGCCAAGUUCAGACAGAUUGUCUCAGCGGUGCACUACUGUCAUCAGAAGAACAUUGUUCACAGAGACUUGAAGGCGGAGAAUUUGCUAUUAGACGCUGACUCCAACAUCAAAAUAGCCGACUUUGGCUUCAGUAACGAGUUCUCUGCGGGCAGUAAGCUGGACACGUUCUGUGGCUCGCCGCCCUAUGCGGCCCCAGAGCUAUUCCAGGGAAAGAAGUACGACGGUCCAGAGGUGGACAUCUGGAGCCUGGGUGUCAUCCUGUACACGCUGGUCAGUGGGUCCUUGCCCUUUGAUGGACAGAACCUAAAGGAGCUGCGGGAGCGAGUUUUGAGGGGGAAAUAUCGCGUGCCGUUCUACAUGUCCACAGACUGUGAGGGGAUCCUCCGCCGCUUCCUGGUCCUCAACCCUUCCAAGCGCUGCUCGCUGGAGCAAAUAAUGAGAGAUAAGUGGAUUAAUGUCGGCUAUGACAGCGAGGAGCUGAAGCCCCACACAGAGCCUGAGGAGGACUUUAACGACACCAACCGCAUCGAUGUGAUGGUUGGCAUGGGCUUCACUAGAGAUGAGGUCAGGGAGUCGCUGGUUGGUCAGAAAUACAAUGAGGUCACAGCCACAUACCUGCUGCUGGGACGCAAGAAUGAAACGGAGGGCAGCGAGUCUCGGUCAGGCAGCAGUCUGAGUCUAGCUCGAGUCCGGACCAGCGGCAUCACCAACGGAACCAGCAAACACACCACUUCCUCCUCUGGUGCACCCUCCUCCUCUUCUGGCCACAAGGCACAGCGCAGCGCCUCCACCUACCACCGCCAGAGACGACACUCCGACUUCUGUGGUCCAGCAGUUCCUGGGUCAGCACACCCCAAGCGGAGUCCCAGUGGUGUAGGCGAAGGGGCGGGGCUAAAGGAGGAGCGGCUGUCAAUCCGCAAGACGAGUACUAAUACCACUGGCUCCCGUAGCAUCCCAACCCCCUCCAGUCCAAUGGUUAGCUCUGCUCACAACCCAAACAAAGCUGAGAUACCCGACCGGCGCAAGGAAGUGAACUCAACCACAAAUAACAUCCCUGCUAGUGCCAUGACCCGAAGAAACACGUACGUGUGUACAGACCGAUCCAACACUGAGAGACACUCACUGCUGCAAAAUGGCAAAGAAAACAGCUCCGUUUCCCACCGCCUUCCCCCUGCCUCCCCGUCAACCCACAGCAUCGCCGGUGCCUCUGGAGCCUCCUCUUCGUCCUCCACGCCCUCCUCCCGCCUCUCCAGGGGAUCCACGGUGAGGAGCACUUUCCACGGAGGGCAAAUUAGAGACCGUAGGCCUCCCUCCCAUGCCCCCCCUGCCUCCCCCACACCGUCCCAUGAUGCCAGCCCGCUGCCCCACGCCAGGACCCGGGCCACGACCAACCUGCUAAGCAAACUCACCUCCAAGCUGACUCGCAGGGUCACUCUUGACCCUUCUAAACGUCAGAGCUCAAACAAGUCCAUGUCGGGCUGCACCCUCCCACAGGGGACAAAAACAGUUAACGAACCUGAGAGAAUCAGCAGAUCUCCGGUCACAAGUCGCCAUCUAUCUGGGCAUCAGAAAGCGGCCGAGCCCCGGACCCCCCGAUGCGGCUGGGAUGUGAGGGUGCGGAGCCCCCGCGACCCGGCAGAGGUGGUGCUAGCGCUGCGUGAGGCGGCGCAGGGCUGCGGCUGCCAGGUCCACCUGGCCGGGCCUUUCCUCCUGUCCUGCACCCACGGAGCAGCCGGCGCCCGCGUGGCCUUCGAGGCCGAGGUCUGCCAGCUGCCCAGCGGGCUGGGCCAGAGCAGCGGCGUGAGGUUCAAGCGCCUGUGGGGGGCACCGUUAGCCUUUAGAGACAUCGCCACCAAAGUGUCAAAGGAGCUGGAGCUCUGAGGGGGACAGGAGGCGGGGCAGAUUGAUGACGGACAGGACAAGUUGAUGAAUGAGGAGGGACAGUGAGGCAGAAAGUAUCGCCUCCUCUUUCUCCCUGGGCUCCACCUCAUGUGACGUGGCUAGCGAUGCCUUGCCUCCGCUAAAGACCCUCUUCUUCUGAUGCCACCAAUCACAGCCAGACAAACGGAUGCACAGACGCAGAUAGGCCGCCAUCGGCAGACUUAUGAUGACCCCUUGACCUUGGAGCUGUCAGAGACCUACGACCCCUGCUUAAAACAUGCCACCACCUCCGUAUAAUGAGUCAAACAGCUGUUUUCUUUUUUUCAUGAUUUAAUGUUUGAUGAUGAAAAGGACGGUGUCGCUGAGAAUGGUGGAGAUUGCUGAUUUGUUGUUGUUGACUUUGUUAUUCCUAUUGUAUCAUAUUUGUCGUCAUUCCUUUUUAAAGAGCUGCUAUUUAAAGAAACGUUUUAAUUUUUUUGUGUAUUAAGUUUAUUUUCUUUCUUUAAUGCUUUUAAAAUGGGCAGAAGUUUGACAUCUGUUGUCAUUCUCAGAAGCAGACGUCACAUAUUGAAGAAGCGAGGGCGCAGUCUGACCUCCGGCCCCAAGAGGGAGACAUGCAGAAAUGCAGAUACUUGUGACAGACUGAAUGAAGCAUCACAGCCUUUCUGCCCCAUCCAUUGAGAAUGCCCAUUUCACUACUCAGUUGGGAUUUUGAUGUUUGUGUCAUUCCUGGUGAAAUGUUCGCUCUCUGCCUGCUGUCCACACUGAAUUCUCGACAGCUGGCAGGUGAGCCGCUAACAGAUGAGCAAAGCUGCCUGAUAAUACAAAACCCAGAUAACCUGAUCAUUUGAACUUAUGCUCUGCCCCUCACAAAUAAUCAACUCAUCCGUGUGUUUUGUUCCUUGAUACCUUCGUUAACGAGCAGAAGUCCUUUAAAAAAAAUUAGCAAAUGAAAAACUGGAUCUCCAACUGAAAGCAUAAUUUUAUUGGGUUUUAAUUGCUGUAUUUACAAGAGUUUCUGAUCUGGAGUUGGAUGUUUGCAGGUAAAAAUGCGCCGCUUCUCGUUAUUUUACCUGAAAUUCCUCAGCAGGUGUAGUUUGAAUUAAAAAAGAAGGUUUUAGCAGCCAAUCAGAAUACGUUAUUCUGAGUGCUAAUUUAAAUAUUACUUCAAGUGAAUAAAGUCAGUUUAACUACCUGCUUUACCCACAACAAAAUUCAAAUUAAGUGUUUUCAGCACAUAUCGUAGGCUUUUACUGAGUGCCCAGACAACUAAUAAGAUUAAACUGGUUUUGUUUGUUUUGGUCGGGUCCAAAUUCUUAUCUGAUGGGAUGGAAAAUUUCACGUAUAUGAUAUGAAAAAUCUAAAUUUUUGUUCCUUUACCGAUGCCACUGCAGACAGUUUCACAGCCUGAUCAAACAUGAAGCUAAAAAGCUUUUACAUGUCGUUUUGGUUGAUUGUUGAAGUCAAGCAGCCACAGAUUUCGCUUCGGCAUUUCAUCUCAGUAAAGCCAGUUUAUUUUCUCAAAAACUAUCUUCAAGCUUUUUUAUUAUAACUAUGAUUUGAUGUCUUCUUUCUACACCAAGUUUCCCCACACGUGAGUGCAGUAGCUCAGACUGGUUUAGAGUAAAUGGAAGUUUACAGACAUGAAGUAGUUAUUCUGGUAACACUUUGUCUUUGUCUCUCAUAAUGCCAUCGCCAUCGCUUUCCUCAAAUGUAGUGCAAUACAGCCACAAAGCCAAGAAUCGAGACUUGAAUCCGCAUUGAUUAAGACUUAUAGGGCUCCUUGUUCAUUCAUUUCUUCAUGUUUGGUAUUGCUGAUUUGUUGUUAAAAGUCAUUGAGCACUUUUUUGCUUUUUAGCCAGGAUUGCAUUGUACUGUACUGGCAGAUAUUUGAAUUAAUAUGUAUUUUUAUUUUGUAAUUUUUUUUAAAUCACAUUGUCUCACACAUUUAAAGCCCACUGAAGUGAAUAGUCGACAUUCUGAAUGUCUUUCUUUUCCUUCACUUACACUUCUUGGCAUCAUUUGCUUCCCAAAGGGAAACCAGCUGAAGUGAUGCUUCAGGUUUCCAGGUAGAGGUGCUGUUUGCUUUCAGAUUCACUCAAAAUUGUGAUCUUCCUCAAUUUAGUUUUGUCAGAUUUUACAGUUUUCUUUUGUCCAAUCUUAAAUUUGUUUUUCACGUUUUAACCUUUUUUGAUAGAUAGAAACUGUAAACUUUUCCCUCUGUCGACCAAUCAGGCUGCAGCACUGCUGAGACAUGUAUGACUGUUGACCAAACAGACUUGAUUAUUACUGUAAGAGGUGUAUGACUGUUAAUCAGACUCCUGACUCAUCAAGCCACUGUUAAAGUUCAGAGCAUGCAACAUGUGCCGUGAUGAGCCACCGGUUGGAGAUGAGAAUGUGACCUUGAAUGACUUUUGAUUUUCUUUCAUAAAAACUCAGCUCGUUGCAAAACAAAGCUACCAACAGAGUCCACCAAGUGCUACGUUGACUAUAUAUUGACACUGACGACUCCAAAAUCAAAAGGUUGUUGUACAUGUAACUCUAUAAAGCCAAGCAAUUAUAACUGUACUUCUGAAGUAUGCAGCAUCUAACAAAACAUGUAACAGGAGAAGCUAGAGGUGUGAUCUUUACGGCUGUAAGGUCUGCAGGAGUCUGUCUGUUUAAUGGGAGAUUUCAGUCGCAGCAGGUAUCCACCACUGUCUGAAAAUGUGAAGCUGUGAUGUAGGGCUAGGGUGUGUGUGUGCGUGUGUGUCUGUGUAACUGGGCCUCACUCUCUGAACCUCUGUAGAUACAGUUAGGACCAUGCUUUAAGGCUACAGUUCUGUUGUAUAGUGUGUUUGAAGCUGUUGCUGUUAUCAACAUAACUUAACUUAUGGGCUGAAAUUACAGAAAUGAUCGACCUGCAAUCCUGCAUGUCUCCUAGGAAAUAAUGUGUGACACAAAAAUAAAGACU